UGCCCCGUCAGACACCUGCCUCCAGAGCCGAAGCGAGACCGGAGCUCCGUGCGCGGUGUCGGAGCUGCAGCCGCGGAGCCGGACCCCUCUGCCCGUCUCUCGCUCCUCCUCCUCCGAGUGUGUGGCAGGUGCUGCGCCGCGUCGCUUCUCUCGGCUCCGGAGCUCCAGCGGCGCCGACACCGCCGCCCCACUUCUGCCUCUUCCCCGGCGGAUUCCCCCCGGCGGAGCCCGGAGGACGGACCGAAGCGGCGCGCGUGGCGGGCGGAAGUUCCCGCGCGGACGGAGCCUCGGGCGGCUGCUGAAACUCGACUCGACCGUAACUUCGCGUCUCCGGUGUCCAGGCUUUCCCCCCCGCCCCCUCCUCCCCCCAGUCUGGUUUGCGGACAUAAACACCGAGGAUUUCCCGGAGUCAGUUCCAGGAUUGGUUUGGAGCGAGGCAGUCUGCGUCUCCGGAGCAGCAGAGCCGGGGCUGCCGCCCGGGAGCCGACCACUCUCGCUCGUCUGUUCAUGGAAAUGAGGUGUCGCCCGGCGGAUCGCCGCGCGGCUGCACCGUGAAGCGGAUUACAGGAGCGGACCCCCCUGCCCCGCCCCCCACCGACUCCUCCGAGUUUGGACAGUUUGGGAGCUCGGGACGCGGAGAAGAUGGUGUGUGGCCCCGGGACCGGCGUGAGGUGGCGCCUCCUCCUGCUGCCGCCGCCGCCGCCGCCGCUGCUGCUGCUGCUGCUCGGCUGCUGCCACAUGUUGCACGCUCAAGAGGUGGCGCCCUACCUGCUGACCGAGGGGCUGGAGCCACAGGUGGCGCUGGAAGGCAACAGGCUGGUGCUGAGCUGUAUGGCCGGGGGCAGCUGGCCGCUCCAGUACCGCUGGGCGCUGAACGGCACCGACAUCACCGACUGGACGCCGCAGUUCAGGUGGACACUGGAGUCGGUGAAGCGGACCGACGCCGGGCAGUACCAGUGCACGGUCCGGAACCGGAUGGGGGCCCUGAUCCAGCGCAGCACUGAGGUGCAGGUGGCCUAUUUGGGCUCGUUCCCGGGCGAGGAGCAGCGGAAAACAGUGCCGCAGGAGCGAGCCGCCGUGGUCAGUCCUCCGGCGUUGGCGUCGUACCCGCGCCCACUGCUCACGUGGUUCAAGGACGGGCAGAAGAUCCUCCCCAACGACAGAGUAGCCACAACUCUGGACAACCAGCUGGUCGUCUUGGCGACGAGGCCGCAGGACGCCGGCCGUUACCAUGCCAACGCUGUCAACGCCCUGACGGGGGAAAGCGUGACCAGCGCGCCCGUCUAUCUCAGCGUCUCAGGUCCGGGAUCAGAACCAGAGUCUCCGACCAUCGUCAUUGGACCCAGGGACACCACGGUGACGGCAGGAAGCGAUGUCACGCUGGAGUGUGUCGCCAACGCUCGGUUCGUGGACCAGCUGCAGUUGUCAUGGAAACGAGAUGGACGUCGGCUGGCUGAGGGGCGUCGCCUGGUGGUCACCACCGCCAAGGCGUCGGACGCUGGCGUCUACGUGUGCGAGGCCACCCUCAGCAACAGCUCGGCCAAAGCUGUGGAGGCGAGCGCUCAGCUGAGCGUCGUGGAGCCGCCCACGCUGAUGACUCGCCCGCCGAGGAGGAUGGUGGUGGACCUGGAGCGGAGCGUGGACCUGCCCUGCGCAGCCUCAGGCACGCCCCCCCCCCGGCUGGACUGGUUCAAGGACGGCGUGCCAGUGACCCGGCUGGCCAACCCGCGCUACCGGCUGACGGCCGGCGGCCUGACCGUGCGACGGGCUCAGCCCGGGGACGGAGGAAUCUUCCAGUGCUUCGCCCGGAACGCCGCGGGAGAAGCCCAAGUCCACGCCCACCUGCUGGUCUCCAGCGUGUCUCCGGUCUUCACGUCUCCUCCGGCCGACCUCACCGUGACCGAAGGCGCCGCGGCCCUGUUCUCCUGCCAGACCAGCGGAGCCCCCACCCCCGCCGUCACCUGGAGGAGAGGCUCCCAGGUGGUGGCCAGCGGCUCGGUGCGCCUCGCCCGCUUCACCCUGCUGCAGUCUUCGGGGCUGCUGGUGGAGCCCGUCACCUUCCAGGACGCCGGCGAAUUCACGUGUGUCGCCGCCAACUCGGAGCGAGUCAUCAAUGCCUCGGCGAGGCUCACCGUCCUUAACCGCACGCUCAUCUCCCUGCCGCCGGCGGACCAGCGAGUCAUCAAGGGAACCACCGCGGUGCUGCGCUGCAGCGCCACCCACGACCCGCGGGUUGACGUCAGCUACCGAUGGCAACGCGGCGGGGCACCGCUGCUCCUGGCCUCCGGGGGCCGCCUCUCCGUGCAGCCAGGCUCCCUCACCAUUGGCCAGACCUGGUCAGGUGACAUCGGGGAUUACACCUGCACCGUCACCUCCAAGGCGGGAAACGAUUCCCGGACGGCGCGGCUGGAAGUCAUCGAGCUGCCUCACUCUCCUCGCUCGCUCGCCGCUCUGCUCGACGACUCGGACUCUCGCGCCGUGCGGCUGUCGUGGCUCCGCCCCUUCGACGGCAACUCGCCGCUUCUCUACUACGUGCUGGAGCUGUCGGAGAACAACUCCCCGUGGAAGGUCCACCUGCCCGAGGUCUCCCCGGCCGUGGCCCAGGUCUCCGUGCGGGGGCUCACCCCCGCCCGCACCUACCAGUUCAGACUGUGUGCCGUCAACCAAGUGGGGCGAGGACAGUUCAGCGCGGAGACGCACAGGCUCAUGCUGAGGGAGGAGGCCCCCAGUGCUCCGCCCAAAAACAUCGUGGCCAGCGGCCGAACCAACCAGUCCAUCAUGGUCCAGUGGCAGCCACCGCCGGAGCUGCAGCUCAACGGAGUCCUGCGAGGAUACCUGCUGCGGUACCGGCUGGCCGGUCUGCCCGGGGAGUACCAGGAGAAGAACAUCAGCAGCCCAGAGACCAACUACUGUCUCCUGAAAGACCUGAUCAUCUGGACCCAGUACCAGAUCCAGGUAGCAGCCUACACCGGCGCCGGCCUCGGGGUCUUCAGCAGCCCAGUGACCGAGUACACGCUGCAGGGAGUCCCCACAGCGCCCCCUCAGGACGUGGAGGUCUCGGCCAUCAACUCCACCACCAUCCGCUUCAGCUGGAGCCCCCCGCCCCAGCAGUUCAUCAACGGCAUCAACCAGGGCUACAAGCUGCUGGUGUGGCCCCAACAGAGCCCGGAGGACGUGGCCGUGGCGACCGUCACGCCGGACUAUCCCAGCCUGAGGCACAGCAGCCUGGUCAGUGGCCUGAGGAAGUUCACCUGGUACUACACCUCCACGCUCUGCUUCACCACGCCAGGAGACGGACCCCGGAGCCCGCCCGCCCUGCUGCAGACCCACCAGGACGUGCCGGGCCCGGUCCGAGACCUGAGCUUCAGCGAAGUCCUGGACACCUCAGUGCGAGUCAGCUGGUCGCCUCCUGAGGACGCCAACGGCGUGAUCACCGGCUACCUGCUGUGGUGGCACGUCUCUGCUGAGGAGUCCAGUCAGCAGGAACGGCCUCUGUCCAACUCCACGCUGCGCUGCCAGCUGACGGGCCUCAACUCCACCACCACGUACAGCGUCCAGGUGGCAGCGCUCACGGCGGCAGGGCGCGGCGCCGCUACGUCAUCCUCGGUCGCCACUGGAGUCCCGCCAGAACUGCCCGGCGCACCCACCAACCUGGUCAUCUCCAACAUCAGCCCGCGGAGCGCCACGUUGAGGUUCCGGCCCGGUUCUGACGGGAGGACGGCCGCGUCACGGUGGAUGGUGGAAGCCCAGGUGUUGAGGGACGACGGGGAGACGACCCGAGACUGGACCCUGGUGUACCAGGAGGAGGCCCGCGCCAGCGUCCACCAGGUUCUGAUCGCCGACCUCACUCCCUUCACUCGCUACAGGUUCCGGAUGCAGCAGGUGAACCUGGUGGGCUCCGGCCCCCUCAGCGCCCCCUCCAGGCUGAUCCAGACCCUGCAGGACUCGCCCGACACGCCCCCCCGCGACCUGACCCUGAGGGCCACCGCUCAGACCAGCCUGCGCUUCAGCUGGAAGCCUCUUCCUGAGUCCGAGUUCAACAGCAGCCCGGACUCGCUGGGCUACCGUCUGCGGGUGAGGAGGGCAGAAGGCCGGGGGGCGGAGCGGACGGUGGAGGUGGGCGGAGCUGCCGGGACCACUCAGGCCACGGUGGAGAACCUGCAGCCCUGGACCCAGUACCAGGCCCAGGUCCAGGCCUACAACGCCAUCGGCCCUGGACCCUGGAGCGCCGAGGUGGCGGCGCACACGGCGGAGGCUGUUCCAGCCGCGUCGCCCAGCAACGUGACGGCGGAGGCCCUCAGCUCCACCAAGAUCCUGCUCACCUGGUCUCUGCUGCCACGGGACCAGAAGAACGGCGUGGUCCUGGGCUACAAGGUCCUGUACUGGGCGAGGGACUCUGGAGCGCCCCCUAGCUGGCAGGUGGUGGUGGGGGAGGGCCGCGUGUCUCUGGUGCUGGGGCUCCUGCAGAAGUUCACCGAGUACGUGAUGCAGGUCCUGGCUUACACCCGCUUGGGCGACGGCCCCCCCAGCGAGCGGGUCCUGCUCCGGACCAAGGAGGACGUCCCUGGUCGACCAAUGCGGGUGCUGUUUCCUGAGGUCCGGCUCUCCUCAGUCCGGGUGGUCUGGCAGCCCCCCACCAAACCCAACGGCAUCAUACUGGGUUACCAGAUCUCGUACCGUCUGGAGCAGCGGGACUCUCAGCGUUGGACCACAGUGGAGGUGGGCUCCAACGGUCGGCAGUUCACCGUCACCGGGCUCUUGCCGGAGCAGAGCUACCUGUUCAGGCUGGUGGCCCGGACCUCGGUGGGCUGGGGUCAAGAACAGGAGGCUGUGGUGGUCACCACCGAGCGCAGAGAGCGCCCCCAGCCUCCCAGGAGGCUCUCCGUCCCUCAAGACGGGGUGGAGUCUCGCCGUCUCCGCCUCCACUGGGCGCCGGGCAGCUCUGGCUCCUCCCCUCUCCGGUACUUCACGCUGCAGCUGCGGGAGCUUCCCGACGGAGCGUGGAGGACGCACACCAGCGACGUGCCGCACAACUGCACCUCCUUCCUGGUCGAGGGGCUGCGGCCCUUCACCUCCUACAGGCUGCGCAUGCUGGCGGCCAACGACGUCGGCGACAGCAUCCCGAGCAAGGAGACGGAGGCGGUGACCACGCUGCAGGACGUUCCUGACCAGGCUCCUGAGAUCCUGGCUGUCAAACCCUCGACCACCACCUCCGUCCUGGUGCAGUGGAAGCGUCCGAGCGACAGCAGCACCAACGGAGUCCUGACCGGGUUCCGACUCUACUACAGAGAACUUCCCGCCAACAUGUCAGAGCCGUCGGCGUCCAGGAAUGUGUCGGCCGCCGCCAUCACAGCCAAAAGCAACUUCAAGACGGUCAGCAGCUCCUCAGUCACCGACUUCGAGCUCACGCAGCUGAAGAAGUUCACGCGCUACCACAUCGUCAUGACCAGCUACAACAUCGUCGGGGAGAGUCCGCCCUCCGACCCGGUGGAGGUGUCGGUCGGCGAGGCGGCGCCCUCUGUGGCUCCUCAGUCCAUCAGCGUCUCGCCCGUGUCCCCGUCUGUCAUGGAGGUCAGCUGGGACACGCCCCCUCCGGAGACACAGAACGGCCACAUCCAAGGAUACAAGCUCCACUACUGGCAGAAGAACAGACAGAACCAGACUGAGAAGGUGCGCCUGGUCCUGGUGCCGGACACUCGGGUCCAGCUGACCAACCUCAGCAGCUACACGUCCUACCUGCUCACGCUGACCGCCUUCAACACGGCCGGCGACGGCCCGCCCAGCGAGCCCCGCGGCGCCCGGACGCUGCCGUCAGCGCCAGGACCGCCCAGCUUCCUGUCCUUCUCCGAGCGGACUGGAGGGAGCGUCAACGUGUCGUGGGGGGCGCCGCUCGCCGCCAAUGGCCAGCUGGAGGGCUACAGGGUGGUGUACCAGCCCACGGCUCCGGUGCAAGGCGUCAGCAAGGUGGUGACGGUGGACGUGGCGGGCGGCUGGCAGCGCUGGCUGAAGGUCCGAGACCUGCUCCCAGGAGCCACCUACAUGUUCAGCGUCCAGGCCCUGACGGUCACUCACGGCCCGGCGGCGCUGGCCAACAUCAGCGCUCAGCCAGCGACAGGCUCCCCCGGCGCCCCUGCACAGGUCUCCCUCAGCAGGACCGCCUCAGCUCUCACCCUGCACUGGACGGAGGGCGACGUGGGGGCGGCGCCCGUCAGCGGAUACGUGGUGGAGUCUCGCCAGUCAGACGAGGGCGUGUGGGACCCCUUCAUCCGGCAGCUCCCCCCCACCAGCAGGUCCGUGUCCGUGCCGCUGGAGCGUCUGAGGUCAGGGGUCAACUACGAGUUCCGAGUCAUCGCUGUCAACCGCCACGGCUACGGACAACCCAGCUCCCCCACCGCCGCCCUGACCGCCCUGAGCGAGCGGCCCUUCUACGAGGAGUGGUGGUUCCUGCUGGUCACGGCUCUGGUGGGUCUCAUCCUGAUCCUGGUCCUGGUCUUCACCCUGCUGCUGCACGGGCACAACACCAAGUACCGAGCCUGCGGCACAGGGAAGCCGCUGGCGGCCGCGGAGGAGUCGGUCACGCUGGACAACGGAGGCUUCACCGCGCUGGAGCUCAACAGCCGGACCCUGGGCGCCAAGAGCUGCUACCUGAAGAAGAACGGGAGCAGGUCGCCGCCGCGGCCCAGUCCUGGAGGCCUGCGCUACUCCGACGAGGACCUCUGCAACAGCUACAACGGCGGCGCGCUGACGGAGAGCGCCGCGCUGACGGAGAAGCCUGCCGAGGCGUCCGAGUCCGAGCUGACGGACAGCGACUACGAGGACGAGCAGCCCAAACACUCCUUUGUCAACCACUACAUGAGCGACCCGACCUACUACAACUCGUGGAAGCGGCAGCCCAAGUGUCUGCAGGGCCUGAGCUCACCGUUCAGCUACGAGGAGGCGGCGGCGGCCGGCGAGGCCGAGCCGUUCUACCAGACGGUGGUGACGCAGCACAGCGCCGGGGGCGCCUACACGGCCGGCGGCCAGCCCGCCGUCGCCCACGGCAACCCCGCCCCCAACCCGCCCGGCUCUCGCACGCCCGUCACCGGCUUCUCCUCCUUCGUCUGAGUCUGGAGGCAACUGUGAAGACACCGAGUGAAGUCUCACUCAGCACUGUGCGCACGUGUGUGUGUGUGUGUGUGUGAGAGAGAGAGAGGCAGGAGGGGGCGGACCUCGUCGCCGAACCUUCGUCACGCGCCGCCCAGCUCCAGAGACGCUCCAUCACCACCUGUCUGAACUUGACCUGUGCGUGUGCGUGUGCGCCGGAGAGGAGGACCGGUUCUGUCUGCACUGACCCACGCUGGCGCUUCCGCUGGUCCCAGCGGCGUUUUCUACACAGACGGCGACCUUUGAGCCGGAGGUCGACACCAGGACACUUUUGUAAGACGCUGCUGAGCCUCUCCGCUCAGUUCCCUUCCAGCCGUCUGUCAAUAAAAGGAGGUGGUUCAGGCUCUGGUCUGUGGUUUGUCCUGGGCUGCUCAUCCCCUCUUCUGACGGAGCGUCGCUGCCAUAACUCAUAAAAGAUGUUGGGGCUGCCGUGAUGACGUCACGACGCCGGUUUUAUUUUCACGACUCGGUUGUUCAUUUAUGUUGUAAAAUUCGACCUUUGUUUACUUCUAUUACUGUUCUACUUUUUUCUUUACCUGGUGUAUCGUCGUUAAUAAAACUGUGGACUGUA